CCAGAAGAUAGAUUCUGGAGUUGGGAGUUUGGAGGAGUAUUUGGGAGGGGAAGGGGGAUAGGGAAGCUCUUAGGAGCAUUAGCAAUGACAAGACAACAGAAUCAUAAUCAACAACAGAAAGGUAAAGCCUCAUGUUAUCCUGAGUUUUCAGCAGCAAGACAGUGUUGACCCAGCAAUCAGCACUGGUUUCAUCCAAGCGAUUGAGAUGCAUGUGUCCUGCUGUGUGUUCAUGUACAGCACACACGCUUUGAAGAAGCCACAACUGAGGUUUGGCAGGCACCAGCAGGGCUUUUUAGAUCUGCAGGAAAGUGAAACUUGGAACAAAUCCACCUCCCCUUGCAGCUGAGCUGAACACGAAGGGCUCAUCUCUCCUCUAAGCAUGCCAAAGGAUUCUGCAUAACCAUCGCUGUCCCAAGUGACAGCCUCAGCUAAGAGCAGCACCAACUGCCCUUGAAGCACCACCGGGUUGGGGGACAAGUCUUCCAUUAAGAUACAGUCAAGCUGGUGAGGCCCAUUCUGGAAAACCAAACAGCAUGAAAAUUGCAUCUUUUCAUUCAAAGCCAGGAGGUAUUAGGCAAGCACGGUGUGGGCUAGCAGAGAAAUCCUGGCCAGCAGCCACCUCUCAGCCAGCCAGGUGAUGGACCACCCAGCAGUGUUUUCUCCACACACUCACCUGUUAUUGGAAAUCAAGAUCUGAAUUUAGGGCUGGUUUUUGUAACCUUCCUCUGAGGUCGCAGCAAUGCUGCCUUUAUAUACUAUUCAGACUAAGUAUUUCCAAUGUUAAGACAGAGCUCAUAGCGUGUUGUAAGCUGCCUGGGGGCUUUUAUUGCCUACAAAACACUUUCACCUCAGUUGUUCCAAUUGACUCUCAGACAGACAGCCUCCCUGAGCAUGCUGAGAAUCUAACAUUUUGCUCAGCCUUUAUUCAGAAAUGAGACUGGAAUGGAACUUGAUUCUUCCACUGAGAUGCAUCUCCUCAAUUCUAAGUACACCACUGAACAACACUUGACAUAACAGAGGCUGAAGUCCCACCACAAGUGCACCUUGAUCCAAGCUGUUAAUUUACAACUGUGUUUGUGAUUAGGAGGAAGUGUGGGGAAAGAAACGUUGGCAAGAGUUGGCUUGGUUAAAAAGUAAACUUUCAGAUGAGGUUUUACCAAUUGUGAGCAGUUUCUUGACAAAUUUCUGGUGCGUUUGCUUUUUCACUGCGUUCUUACACAAAUUAUGGAUUGCUGGAAAGGAGCCAUAUGCAGCAGUUGGAUUUAUCCCACGCUCAUCAUCUGUGUGAAUGGGUUUUUCUCCACAAUGAGACCUUCGGAGUCUUUUCUCACACCUUACCUAACUGGACCAGACAAAAACCUAACAGUUGAGCAGGUUACCAACCAGGUUUUCCCAGUUUGGACAUACUCCUACCUCGCGCUCCUUGUCCCCGUCUUCCUGAUUACUGACUACGUGCGCUACAAGCCCAUCCUCCUCCUCCAGGGCGUCAGCUUCAUUGUCACGUGGCUCCUGCUCCUCUUUGCACAGGGGCUGGUGGCCAUGCAGGUGAUGGAAUUCUCCUACGGGAUGGUGACAGCCACCGAGGUUGCCUACUACGCCUACAUCUACAGCGUCGUCAGCGCUGAUCGCUAUCAGAGAGUGACGAGCUAUUGCAGGAGUAUCACUCUCGUUGCAGCCACCCUUGCUGCUGUGCUGGGACAGCUCCUGGUUUCCUUAGCAGACGUAUCCUACUUUCACCUCAAUGCCAUUACUCUGGCUUCCGUGUCCCUGGCCUUUGUGUGCUCCUUUCUCCUCCCAGUGCCUCAAAAGAGCAUGUUCUUCCAUAGGAAAGGCCCCUCAGAAACCCUCCCACAACCAGACAAAGCUGUGGCUGGGCUCAGUUCCAACACGUCAUUGAGCUGCCAAGCGGACAAGGACUGCGCAGCUGCUGACACGGGAGCGACUCCAGCACAGCAGGCUCAGCAGCCCGAGCCCCAGCACCACGUGCUGAGAGUACUGGUGCAGCUGGGCAAGGACCUGAAGGAUUGCUACAGCUCUCGGAAGCUGCUUUACUGGUCCCUGUGGUGGGCUUUGGCUACGGCAGGCUUUAACCAAGUUGUCAACUACAUCCAAGUGCUGUGGGACUUCCGAGCCCCAUCUCACAGCUCUGCAGUGUACAAUGGAGCUGUUGAAGCAGUGGCAACAUUUUUAGGAUCAGCAACAUCCAUGGCAGUUGGAUACGUCAGAGUGAACUGGGAUCUUUCUGGAGAACUGGCUUUGGGAAUUUUCUCUGCAAUGGAUGCUGGUUCUCUGUUUCUCAUGUUCUUUAUUGACAACAUCUGGGCAUGUUAUGCUGGUUACCUUGCAUUUAAGGCAUGCUACAUGCUCCUUAUAACAAUAGCAACGUUCCAGAUUGCUGUUAAUCUUAGCAUGGAGCGUUAUGCUUUGAUGUUUGGCUUCAACAACUUCAUUGCACUGGUGAUCCAGACAAUUUUAACCAUUGUUGUAGUGGAUCCAAACGGUCUGGGACUGGGUAUCAGCACCCAGUUUCUCAUUUACAGCAGCUACUUUACGUUCAUAGCUGGAAUUUUCCUGAUCAGAAGCAUAUACACCAUUAUCUCCAUGAAAUGCACAAAUACCAGCAUGGCUGGUGAGCCCACUGGUCAUUAAGGAAUACCGCAGGAAGAUGAAAAGAAUGGCUGCAAGCAACACCUCAGAAGACUGCAUCAUCUAAACAAUUAACUAGGGGAAACUUAAAGCUCAACUAAACCUGUGCCUGUCACACAACCAACCAGACUUAUGAGCCUCCAACAUAAAGAGCUUCUUAAACAGGAAGAUGCAUUUUCCUGGUUUCCUUCACCAGUAAGUUCUAAUACCAAACAGUCCUCAAUCUUCCGUUUCAACUCAAAUUCAAUGAUGCAGCCCUGAUGUAAAAACUUGUAUUUUUGUUUGAUGGAUUGCUUCCCCCUGCUCUGCCCUCGUGAGGCCCACCUGGUGUACUGCAGAGGCCCAGGGCCCCAGCACAAGAUGUGGAGCUGCUAGAACAGGCCCAGAGGAUGACCAUGGAGAUGACCAGAGGGCUGGAGCACCUGCCCUACAAAUAAAGCUUGGGCUUGAAGAAGAGAAGGCUCCAGGGAGAUCUCAUUGUAGUUUUUCAGUAGUUAAAUGGAACUUCAAAGCUGGAAGGGGACUGACUUUUUACAUGGUCUGACAGCGAUAGGACAAUGGGAACAGCUUUCAACUAUUGAGAGAGCAGAGAUUUAGAUUACAUGUUAGGAAUAAAUUAUUUACUCAGAAGACAGCGAGGCACUGUCAGAGAAGAGAUGGAUGCCCCAGUCCUGGAAGUGCUCAAGGCCGGGCUGGAUGGGGCUCUGGGCAGCCUGAGCUGGUGGGCAGCCAGCACACAGUACAGGGUUGGACCUCCACGAUCUUUAAGGCUCCUUCCAACCUCAGCCAUCCUGUGAUUUUAUGAACACAAUAGGAGAAAAUUGCAUACAGAUGCCUGAAUCUCUCAGUGGCAGAGCUUAUAGAACAUCACCAGAGAACUUUCACUUUUACUGAACAUUUUAAUUAAAUGCAGUUUACUCUCAUUUACAAGGCAUUCAAACAUUCCUGGGGAGCCUAAAGAAGCAAUCGUCCUACAGCAGCACACAGAUCUGUAAGACAGGUUGCCACAAACUUUCUGGACACUUGCACUUUUUCAACUGGAAGUUCUGACAUGAAUUUUUAAAGCAAGUUAAUACAAAUAAUAAUUAACCUUCCCUCACUCCACUUCAGCCCACAAAGAUGCUACGACUGCAUGUUCAACAGUGGAUUAAUACAUUCUCACAAAUGACCAAACACAUUCACUUCAGGUUCCACACAGACAGUGAAUCCCUUCUAUAUCUGAAGUUGUGUGACAUCAAGAAAAAUGCCAUUUUGUUCAGGAAAUGUUCCAGAUGCAGUGACAGCAGGACUGUGAAUCUGUUGAAGAUUUCUUGUACUCAUACCCUGGCUUUCCCUUUUAAAGGUCUGUCUUGAUAAAGAGAUCUUAGCUUAAGCAGUCAGCAUACACCUUCAUUAUGUACAGCUAAUGGAGGUUUUCAGACAUACUUAUCUUGGAAGCAAAAAAUCUCCUAAGCUAACUUUGUAUUUUUAAGCAAGCCAUUGGCAGAUACUUCAAUUCCUAUACAAGGCAGUCUUACUUAAAUAAAAACACUUAAAGGUUUAGAUACAAA